UCCCUGGUCGUUUUCACUUCAUGUGUGACCAUGGCCGUCCAACAACAAAGAACUUCAUGAUUUGACCCUUAACAAAUUGUUCUUUUGAGCCGUUUUUCAAGCAACAGCGUGAAUGUAUCUCUCUCCAUGUUGGUCAAGCCGGAGUCCAGAUCGGCAAUGCCUGCUGGGAGUUGUACUGUCUUGAACAUGGCAUCCAGCCUGAUGGCCAGAUGCCCUCAGACAAGACCAUUGGAGGUGGUGAUGACUCCUUCAACACCUUCUUCAGUGAGACUGGAGCUGGAAAGCAUGUUCCUCGUGCCGUCUUCGUCGACCUCGAACCCACCGUUGUUGAUGAGGUUCGAACCGGCACUUACCGUCAACUCUUUCACCCAGAGCAGCUGAUUACAGGCAAAGAAGAUGCUGCCAACAACUACGCCCGAGGUCAUUACACAGUCGGGAAAGAGUUGAUCGAUAUAGUUCUGGACAGGAUCAGGAAAUUGGCUGACCAGUGCACAGGUCUUCAGGGAUUCCUAAUCUUUCACAGCUUUGGUGGAGGCACCGGCUCAGGAUUCACAUCACUUCUCCUAGAACGCCUCUCUGUUGACUACGGGAAGAAGUCGAAGCUCGAGUUCGCCAUCUAUCCUGCACCCCAGAUCUCUACCGCUGUGGUAGAACCCUACAACUCGAUCUUGACUACCCAUACUACCCUGGAACACUCCGACUGUGCCUUCAUGGUCGAUAACGAGGCUAUCUACGAUAUCUGUCGUCGUAACCUCGACAUCGAAAGGCCGACCUACACCAACCUCAAUCGUCUCAUUGGGCAGAUCGUAUCGUCAAUUACUGCCUCUCUGCGGUUUGAUGGCGCCCUCAACGUUGAUCUGACUGAAUUCCAGACAAAUCUGGUUCCUUAUCCUCGUAUUCAUUUUCCUAUGGCUACAUAUGCCCCAGUCAUCUCUGCUGAGAAGGCUUACCACGAGUCCCUGUCCACUGCUGAGAUCACCAAUGCCUGCUUCGAGCCCGCCAACCAGAUGGUAAAAUGUGAUCCCCGUCACGGCAAAUACAUGGCCUGCUGUCUCCUGUACCGUGGUGAUGUCGUCCCCAAGGAUGUCAACGCCGCAAUCGCUACCCUCAAGACCAAGCGUACGAUCCAGUUCGUCGACUGGUGUCCAACUGGUUUUAAGGUUGGGAUAAACUAUCAGCCACCAACCGUCGUUCCCGGUGGUGAUCUCGCCAAGGUCCAACGUGCUGUCUGCAUGUUGAGCAACACCACUGCCAUCGCAGAGGCAUGGGCUCGUCUCGACCACAAGUUCGAUCUGAUGUACGCCAAGCGUGCUUUCGUCCAUUGGUACGUCGGAGAGGGUAUGGAAGAAGGAGAAUUCUCUGAGGCACGUGAAGAUUUAGCUGCUCUCGAAAAGGACUACGAAGAGGUCGGUGUCGACUCCGCCAAUGAAGAGGGAGAAGAAGGAGAGGAAGGAGAUGAAUACUAAGCUUUGAUGUAUGAUUUGUCUUAUCUUUAAUAUCGAUUUUUAUUCCUAUCAAACAACUUCGUAAUGAUGGCAUUUUACUUCUUGUUUUCUCCGUCCUGGCCUUUAUUCUUAGGGUUUCUGUAAACGUAGUGCAAGACGCUAUCUCUAGCAAUACUGCAUUAUUGCGGCUGAAUGUGACUGAUUUCAAGACGACCGGUUGGGGCAGAUCAAAGAGGUGGGGUGGGGCACUGAAAGUUGUUUCAAUAUGGAGAGAAUUUGACAAGUAGAAGUUAUAGUGGGUUCGAAAUUACUGCCUAAAGAUAUGGU